CUUGAACUUCCUUCUUUUCUUCUCUCGAUCGAUCUAUCCUGGCUUGCCCGCCUUCCCUCUCUCCCUUCCGUCCAUCGUCCAUUGCCCAAUUGAUCUCGUUCACUCGUUUUCUUUCCCCCUCAUCUCUUUUCCCUCCUACCUUCCCUCUCUCCCUCAUCCCCAUCUCAUCCUCUUGCGGGCGGGCCCUGCACAUUCCGCCAACCCAGCGCCGGGUGCAUGAUGAAGCCGGCGUCCUCGCUGCAGAAGACCUACGAUGACUGCUACUUGAUGUGCUCCACCGCCGUCUACUUCGAGGGCCAGCAAAAUGAAGAGGAGGCCUUGAGAUCUUGGCGCUCUGCCCUGGAAACGAUCUACUAUCACAACGCUUAUCGAGUCCCCUCCAAGUACACCCCCAAGAACGAGACCGAGCGCGCUCUGCAGGAGUCAAUCCGCCAGCUCGAGCUUCAAUGCCGCGAGCGGGUCGAUCUCCUCCAAGCCCUCCGCGACAGCAGAAAGGACUCCUCGGGGCGAUCCCCCCCUCCUCGCACCACUCCCGGCUGGAUUGGCGACGGGACCGUCCCCGCGGUCGGAUAUACCGAUCUCUCCAAACCCCCCACCAUCCCCGGUCGCCCGGCCCCAUCCACUGCCGUCAGCUCCGAGUCGAUCAGGAACGAUUCCGCCGGUGCUGCUGCGUCAUCCCCGGCCAUCCCCAUCCCCGCACGGCGCACCCAGUCGCAUUCCUCGAGCAAAACCGACUCUCGCACCCCCAGCCCCGACCGGCGGAAGAUGAUGCCGUUCACACUGCGUAACAGCGAUUUCAAGAAACUAGGCAAGAAGAAAGACGUCUCCCGUCGGCGAGAGCUGCGGCCGGCCGCAGCAUCUCAGGCGGCAGGUCUGGCUUGGGGUAGUAUCUACCCCCCUUCUUCAUUGCCUGACAAGACCGCCAGCGACGCUGCCCUCGCCUCCUCUCGGUACACCGCCUCCAAUGAUCCCAGCUUUCGAAGGGAGCCCGGUCCUCUUCGAUCCCAUUCCGGUGAUGGGCGUCCUCCGCGGAGAGUGUCGCAUCCAGUAGACGAUUCAGAUAGCCGUCGCACUGGACGGAAGCUCCGCGCGCCGGACCAGAUUGCCCGGCGGCCGCCUGCGAAGAAGUCUGCAUCGAGCACUCCUUCAACGACGCCGACAGUAUCCAGGCAUCGCACACCAACUGCCGAGGUUCAACAGCAAUCGUCCGCUCGUUCCCAGUCCGCCUCCGUGGGACCCCGCUCGAUAGAUGCUGUUCGCCCACAGGCCCCGCCGAAACCAUCUGUUAAGCCCAAACCGGUAGCAUUGAGGUCUUCCAAUCCAACACCAUCCUCUCCAGGACCAUCUGCAGAGACCCCGGAGUUUUCUAGCAAGCCAUCGUCCAAGUCAUCGCGGCCGCGAGUCACCCCAGCCUCAUCAGCAGACGAUGCCUUGGUUCCAGGUUUAGAUCGGAUGACGGUCUCGGCAGGCAGUCCUGUCCGACCGACACCGCACCUUAAACGAACUGUAACGCCCCCAUCGAGUGGUCCGGAGUCGCUAGGCCCCAAGUCUACCGAACCAGACGAUGAAGACGAGGAGGAUGACAAGGAUGACGAUGCGUAUAUGGAUAUUAUGAACAAGCUUCCAAAGGGUGUCGAUGUAGCCGCUGCCCGGCAGAUUCUCAAUGACAUUGUUGUCCGUGGAGACGAAGUUCAUUGGGACGAUAUCGCCGGUCUGGAUAACGCCAAGAAGGCACUCAAAGAAGCCGUUGUCUACCCAUUUCUUCGACCCGAUCUUUUCUCAGGUCUACGAGAGCCCGCUCGCGGAAUGCUCCUUUUUGGACCUCCCGGAACGGGGAAGACGAUGUUGGCGCGCGCCGUCGCUACGGAAUCCAGAUCAACCUUCUUCUCCGUCUCUGCGUCCACGCUAACAUCUAAAUGGCAUGGUGAAAGCGAGAAGCUCGUGCGUGCUCUCUUUGGCCUGGCCAAGGCCCUCGCCCCAUCUAUUAUCUUUGUCGAUGAGAUCGACUCGCUUCUCUCCGCUCGAUCGUCAGGGACUGAGAAUGAAGCCUCCCGUCGGUCGAAGACGGAGUUCCUUAUUCAAUGGUCAGACCUGCAGCGCGCAGCGGCCGGCCGCGAGCAGAAAGACAAGAAAGUCGGAGAUGCCAGCCGCGUGCUCGUUCUCGCAGCCACUAACAUGCCAUGGGAUAUUGACGAAGCCGCCCGUCGCCGCUUUGUGCGUCGACAAUAUAUACCUCUUCCGGAGCAUCAUGUCCGCCAACAGCAACUCCAGAAGCUACUGAGUCACCAAGUGCACGAACUCUCUGGCGAAGACAUCGAAGUUCUCGUUCAAGUUACUGAGGGCUUCUCCGGCUCUGACAUGACCGCUCUCGCCAAGGACGCUGCAAUGGGCCCUCUCCGAAACCUUGGGGAAGCGCUCCUCCAUACCCCAAUGGACCAGAUCCGUCCGAUCCGCUUUCAGGACUUUGAGGCGAGUCUACUUUCUAUCCGACCCAGUGUGAGUAAGGAAGGGUUACAAGAAUACGAAGAAUGGGCUAAACAAUUCGGGGAGCGGGGUGGAUAGUUCCUUUCUCUCUAGCCUUUGAUAGCCGUGUUUUCAUUUUGAUGUUACUGUUUGUGUUUAUUUGAAUGGCGUACCGGUGGUGGCCGGAUGGGAUUGGUUGGAUGCAUGCACAUUUUGUCAGUCUAGGUUCGGGGGUUGGUUAGGAUUAUUUUCUCUUUGAUUCUGGCCAGACGGUGCAUGGUAUACUAUGGAUUGGAAUGGAUGCGUUACUUUUGGGGGGUGGAUAUGACUGGCACGGGGUGUGGGUAUGGCAUCGGUAUAGUGGUCUGGAGUCCAGUUCCAUCCAAUUUUCAAAUCAACGCAACCAAACAAACUUGAC